CCCGACUCAGGACUAGGCGCGCUAGUUGCUCAGCUGGUAGCUUGCAUAUGGUAGAAAGUACAAUAUACAGACUGCUGCUUCGCUCUCAAUGAUAUAUGGGGCUUCACGGGACGUGAUGGAUGGAUUAUGCAUGCUCUGUUACUUGUCUUCAAGCGUCUAUCCUGCACCCAAGCUGGAGAGCUUCUUUCUUAUAUAGGAUAUUCGGGUUCACUAAGACGCGUUGUUCCACGUGUAGAGAUGUUGAAGAGGCAUAGAUUCGGAACUCGUAGAAUUCUUCUCCCCGUCUUCGGUCUGAAGAGUGUAGGAAAUGGCUACCGUCUUACGUCCGCAAUCCUGCCCGGAAGUCAGAGCGAAUGUACUCUCGUUACGCCCAGCUUGUCUUAGUAGGAAAGAAAGAGCGCUUGGAUGAAAAUUACUUAUCCGAAGUUCAAGAAGUUAAAAACCCGACAGUCGAGGCGAGUCUGAUCUAUAUAAUGUUCCUUGAUACACGGA